GGCUCGCUCACACUCACAAAAGCUGUGGCACAGUUGGAAGAACGCGAAGCUGCGUUCCUCAUUCUCAGGUUAUUUCUCCUCUAAACUCGCCCAUUAUCCCUUUUUAUGUUUUUCCUGAUGCUCUUGUUUGCCACAAUCUGUGUGUGAUUUCGUGGCGAUGUAUGAUAUGAAAUUGUUCCAUUUGCCUUCUCCUCGUUUUCGACUAUCUCUAUCUCGACAGAUCUGUUCUAUUGGAGAUUAGUUGUGCAAAACAGCACUAGCUUUUUUAGUUCUCGAGUGUAAAGGCUUCGGGUACAGGAAUUUUCGGCUACCAUGUUCCAUCGCAGAAACAAUUCCCAGCAGGGCCAGGAAAACAAUGAGCUUCAUGUUGAAUCGAAGAUUAAAGAGCUCAGGGCUGCAAUUGGACCCUUAUCUGGAUGCAGCUUGAAGUACUGCACUGAUGAUUGUUUGAAGAGAUAUUUGGAAGCUCGAAACUGGAAUGUGGACAAGUCCAAGAAGAUGUUGGAGGAGACGCUUAGGUGGAGAUCAACCUACAAGCCUGAGGAAAUCCGAUGGCACGAGGUUGCGGUGGAAGGGGAGACAGGGAAGUUGUACAAAGCAGGUUUUCAUGACCGACAAGGAAGACGAGUUCUUAUAUUAAGACCCGGAAUGCAGAACACGUCGUCCAUUGAGAAUCAGAUGCGGCAUCUGGUGUAUCUUCUGGAAAAUGCUACCCUUGACCUUCCACAAGGUCAGGAACAAAUGGCUUGGUUGAUAGACUUCACUGGCUGGUCUUUGAGCAACAGCGUGCCCGUCAAAUCAGCCAGAGAGACCAUCAACAUUCUACAGAACCACUAUCCUGAGAGGCUCGCCAUAGCAUUUCUUUACAAUCCCCCUCGAAUUUUUGAAGCUUUUUGGAAGAUUGUCAAGUAUUUCCUGGAUACCAAGACAUUUCAAAAAGUGAAGUUCGUCUAUCCCAAAAACAAAGAUAGCGUGGAUCUCAUGAAGUCGUACUUUGACGAGGAAAAUCUUCCUACUGUAUUUGGUGGAAAAGCCAUAUUGAACUAUAAUCAUGAGGAGUUCAGCAGACUGAUGUCUCAGGAUGAUUUGAAAACGGCUGCCUUUUGGGGAUCUGAUGAAAAGCUCGAUGGUAAUGGGCAUAUUUGAGACAGUCUGUAAUAAAUCUGUAUCGGGAUCAGGUAACUGCCUUGCCCUUCCCCAGUCAGGUAUAAACACUGCAAUCACUGUAUCGACCACAUUAGUUGAGAAUUCGCCACACUCAGGUUAGGGAACUUCUUCAGCUAAGUUGGUUGCUAAACUAACUCAUGAUCUUUAUCCCAGACAAACUUGCAACUGAGCUUGAAUUUUUCAAAAGCAUAGCUGUGUAGUUGAGCAGGAAUCAUUUAUUUCAAGUAUCAAGUAUGCCCUACGUUCCCAGCA